UUGGUUCGGCUUGACUCAUUAACCAGCCUAAGUAGAAAUAUGAUAAUAUCAUCUUUACCGGUUAUGAUUAAAUAACCGGGUACCGUAAGCAGCAUACCCCAAAACUUCAGGUAGGAUUGGGGAAGAUAUUCAUUCCCUUUAAGGCUUAAACCCUAACGUUAUGUUUCUCAUUGGCGAGAUAGUUCCCACAAUCCCAAAUAUACAGAGUUGCUUCCCCGCCGUCUCCUCCACCAUCGACGACCAAGUAUUUCAGCCGCUGCUUCAUUCACGGUUUCAAGUUUCCGUUCGCCGUCUCAAAUCUUCCCGGGUCAGCUUGGGGAAAGAAAAUGGUGGAGGAAACACAGGUUCGAGACUUCGGGAACCGAAUGAACAAGCGGAAAUCAGGGCACAAAAAGGGCGGCAACAAAGCGAGGAAGAAGCAGAAACAGUUCCCCGGAAUGGGAGAGCGAGUGAAAAUCGACCCGAGGGUGAAGAAAUUCCUUCGCAAGAAGGCUCGCGACUACAAUUCCGACGAUGAAGACACAGAAGAGGGAUUAGCUAAGGGAGUUGAAGAUGAUAAUCUGUUACCCGAGUAUGUCAUUGCAGAGGACGUAGGUGGUGAAGAAGCAGAGGAGCUUGGGAAUGAAGAAGACUCUGACGAAGAAGGAGAAGGUACUCUGCCUGGAAUCACGAAGCUCGGUGAAGGAUCCAGAGCUUUCAGGAAUGCUUUCAAGAGUGUAAUCAAGAAGGGUGCUUCUGAAGAUCCACUGGGACCUGUGUUAUCAGGACACAAGAAGCUAGUGGCAGAGAAGCUUGCUGAGGAAGAAGUAGAAAGGAAGGCUAAAGGAGAUGCCAAGAAGGAGAAGAAAUUGGUUGCUGAGAAGGGGCAUGUGAAGCCUGCUAAUUUCUUGGAUACACAUGAAAGGUUUCUGAUUAGUGUGGCUACAAAAGGAGUGGUGAAGUUGUUCAAUGCGGUUAACAAGGCACAAGUUGCACAGAAGGGAUUGAAUCCCUUGAGAUCUAAAGACGCUAAAGUUAUAAACAAGCGAAAGAAAGAUGCUUUCUAUGGCGAGUUACGCAGGGCUCCAUCAGCCAGUUCGACUGUUAAGGUAAAUACAUCAGAAGGAGAUGCAGAAGGAGGAACCCCAUCGUGGGCUCCCUUGCGUGACAACUAUAUGUUAACGAAUCCCAAGAUGAAAGACUGGGAUAAGAAGCUGGAUUCUGGUGUAGAAGAUGACAUUGGAGGAAUGUCUGACGACAGUAGUUCAGAUGAAGAUUGAUUUAAUACUUUCAAACAAGAUCAAUGCUUUCUUAUGUUUAUCCCCCACAAUUUUGUCUCCAAGAAUGCUAGACACAUGGUGUUGGAAUGAUAUGGUCAUGUUCUUUGCAAUAUAAUUGGUUAACUUAGCAGCUCUAGACAAAAGGUGUGCCUUCUGUUCUUUAAGGCUGCGCCCUUCAGUUCUUUGUAGCCAGUAAGUACUAGUACAGCCUACGAAAGAGGAUCCGCGGUGGCUUCCUGCCUUCGUAUAGGUUCUCCUACAUCAUAUCAGUUCCAUGUCCGACGAAAGAGCAUCCACGGUGGCUUCCUGUCUUUGUAUAGGUUCUCCACUUCUCUAUAUCAUUUAGCAAGUAAGCUCAUAAGCAGGCUGUUAAUAAAGCGAGGCUCUCUCAUCUGAUGACCCUGAACAAGGAGCUGCGCUCGAUGUGCAAUCAGCUACAAAAGAAAAUUUUGCGGUCUAA